ACAUCUCUUGCAGUUUCUAUUCAGACACGGAGCAGUAGGAGAAGUGAGCUUCUACGAGGAGCUACUGAACUUCAGCGGCGGGCAACGCGGAGCUGUCUACAUUUCCGACCCUCGGCGACAGCCGAAGAGAGGAAACUGCACACAAAGACAGCAGCAGCAGCACCGCUGCCUCCUCCUACAUGCUUUGAGCUCUGCAGAGGAGAGAGAGAGAGCGAGAGGCCUGAGGGCUGACUGAGACUUGCACACGAUGAGCUCCCACACUGCCAGCUCUGAGCUCAGAGAAUGGAUGGGUUUCAGGGGGCCUCUCUGAUCCACCACUACGAAUCCAAACCGCUUCUUGCUUUGGAGACACUGCGAGCAGAAGAGGCCAGAACCUUCCCCCGCAGGAACGGAGACGGAUUACUACUCUCUGUCGCGGGAUCUCGGGGACGCCGUGUGGGGAGGGCGAGACUUUUUUAAACCAAAGUCCGAUUGAUCAGUCUUGGGUGCAGGUUUUGUGGGACUCGGGGGGGGGGGGCUUUCGGGGGGCAGAAGAUGAAUAACAGCAACUGCUCCACGGAAGACCUGAAGAAAUACGUGCACUUCAUUUACGCGGUCACCUACACCGUGAUCCUGGUGCCGGGGCUGAUCGGCAACGUGCUGGCACUCUGGGUCUUCUACGCCUACGUGAAGGAGACCAAGAAAGCGGUCAUCUUCAUGAUCAACCUGGCCAUCGCCGACCUGGCCCAGGUCCUCUCCCUGCCUCUGCGGAUCUACUACUACCUGAACCACUCCUGGCCCUUCGGGGAGUUCCUGUGCAUGUUCUGCUUCUACCUGAAGUACGUCAACAUGUACGCCAGCAUCUUCUUCCUGGCCUGCAUCAGCGUGCGCCGCUGCAUGUUCAUCAUCUACCCGCUGCGCUACAGCGCCACCAAGCGCCGCUUCGACCUCUACCUGAGCGUGGGGGGCUGGUUCUUCGUCUGCCUGUCCUGCCUGCCCUUCCCCCUGCUGCGCCAGAGCACGGAGCAGCCCCCCGCCCCCGACAGGUGCUUCUCCGAGCUGCCCCUGCUGGCCGUCAGCAAAGCGGCCGGCGUGGCCAUGAUGGCGCUGGCCGAGCUGGUGGGCUUCGUGCUGCCGCUGGCGCUGGUGCUCACCUGCUCCUGGAAGACGGCGGCCAGCCUGCGCGAGAAGACCGGCGUGCUGCAGGACAGCGGCGAGAAGCGCAAGGCCUUCAAGAUGGUCCUGAGCUGCGCGCUGGUCUUCCUGGUCUGCUUCGCCCCCUACCACAUCACCUUCCCCCUGGACUUCCUGGCCAAGUCCCACGCCGUGGCCAACUGCGCAUUCCUGAAGGCCAUCCUCCGGGGGCACCCCAUCACCCUGUGCCUGGCCAGCCUCAACUCCUGCCUGGAUCCCAUCAUGUACUACUUCACUACAGAUGAGUUCAAGAGGCGGCUCUCCAGGCAGGACCUGCAGGAGAGCUUUCAGCUCCACAGGAAAUUCUCCUGCACUAAUGGAGAGGACAAGCCACUCUGACCCGACCCGAGCAGAACUCGGGAGAAAUAAGCUGUGCCUGUUUAUGUGAAGUCAGUAACGAAAAGCAAAGCCCCGCAGUAUUUCGGGAUCUUAUCUUUCACCUCGAACGUUCAUCUCCGGAGGGGUUCAAAUGUGACGGUGUUCGUUUUGUUUUUUAACAAUUGCACUGUAUUCGGGAAAUUCAUGCAGCGGUGCAGCGACCCCUGUACUUUAAACAAAAGACAAACUCGCAAGAGAGCGCGUAGCUCCCUAUUUAUAUAAUUGGUGUUUCAAGGUCACUGUGGGUCAUCCUGUGAGUGAAAAAGUAAAAAAAAAAAAAAAACUACAACAUUUCUGUUGAAGAGCACAUGGCAGUCAUUGCUAAAUCCAGCGAAGGGGGAAGUGAAAAGGAGUCAGGGUGAGAAACGCAAAGCAGCACAGUGUGCGUUUGUGCAAGAUGGCUUAAACCCUUCGAUAUGUCCAGUCGACUUACAUUAGAUUUUUAUUCCCACCUCAAAGUGAGCUCAUGCACAUAGGGUCUGUAGCUCUGCAGAGCCUGUCGAAAGCACCAACAGAUUUCAAUAACGUAACGGACCUCGCACCACAAAAAAAGAACUCUUUUCCUUCAUCUAGAUAGAAAAGCCCAGCUGUGGUCUUCUCUAAAUUUGGUUUGGUACAGAUUGUGCAGAGUGCAAUUUAUGGUAGUACAACUGAUCGUUUUCUUAAAUAAAUGGCUGCUGUCUGCACCGCGUGGCUGGGUCCAGGAACACCUUCAGGACUCAAAAGCAGCAUUCUGUUGUGGACCCUAGCCAGUGAGCGAAUACCAUCAGUCCACACAUCCCUCACCCUGACUGCUCCUGCAGGCAAACACUGGCUCUCGUCAAAAGCUGGCCUGGCCUUGCUUUCAAUCCUGUGAUGUACCACUGGUUUCUCAGUGCAAGAGAUCUAAGUGGUUGCAAGCAUUUUUAAAUAUUAUUUCUAUUGUAUCAAUAGGCAACUGUCUAUUAAAACGCACCUUUUUCAGAUAUGGGAAAAAAAACCUGAAAUAAAAAAAGCUGUCUAGACGGAUGUUUUUGAUGUUGUUCACUGCCGGCCAGUAAAACAAACAGUUUAGUUUAGAACUGUUGUUCAAAACUAUGCAAUAUCUAUAAACUCAGUUUGCUGCAAAAUGUGAUUUGGUACCCACCUCACAUUCGCAAAGCUGACAUCAAAGAGAAGUACUGUAUUCAUCAUUGACAUAAAUUAGUUUACAUCUAAACGUCUGAGACUUUUUGACUAAAUCAAAAACAGUCACAAAUGUAUGCAACACAUUCAGGCAGAAACCCAAACUGAUUUCAAUCUGUAGUAAAAGCAGCAUUUGUUUAUGACUUGGUCCUUGUAGAUAAAAAGGAUAUAGUUCACAGCCAUCAACAGGCUGUCAGCCCCAUGUGAAUAAACAGAAUGUCACUGUUAUUCAUUUAUUUAUCUGAUGCCUUUAUUUCAGGCCACAUCAGACCUGAAACAGAGCAAAAAAAACAGGAGAAAAGGCGAAAACCAGAAGUCCUGUUUCAGAAAGUUUUUUUCAUUCCAAAAACCCUGGGAGGAAAUCCAGGCUGUAGUCUGUCCUGCAGUGUCAUGACACAAUUCCCAUGCUCUCUGCAGAAAUGCAGAGAAAAACCACAUGGCAGCAACAUAAACGCAGGUUUGAAAAUAGAUUGUGUGUGCGUGCAUCUACUUAGCCAGCUCAUCAAGUCACCCAAAUAAAGUUAAUUACCCUUUCAGGGGAUAAGAGCAGUCUGAUUCACAACGAUGGUGUGAGUGUUGCUCAAGACAGCUGGCAGUUCUGCUGACACAUGACAUGUGUGCUCAAUUAAAAAAGGGCUUCUUUACAUUUGGAAGUUAAGAGUGCACACUUCCUGACUCCCACCGCACUUGCAGAUGAACCCCCCCAAGGAGGUCCGUUUAAAAGAUAACACUUUAACAGCAAAUGAUAAGGGCAAUUAAAAAAAAGACCGUCACAAAUUUCCAAGGGCGAUUUCCUGUCAAACCUCUUCGCUAUGGGACGUGGCCACAUGGUGGCGAUGCGCACGAGGCAGAAAUGCCAGUUUAAAAAUGGGGUGGCAAGAGUCUAAUACAGACUCCUGGCCCCAACAAAGGCACUGUUGAAUCACAGGCAAAACCACUGGCAGCCUGCGGUUGAGAGUGUUAUUCAUUAACAGUUUCAUUUAAUAACUCUGGGCUGUAAAUGAUGCUAGAAAUGAUGCUAAAUGAUGCUACAACAUAAGAAAGGUUACAAAUGAGAGGAGACCAUUUGCCCUGGCCUGUCUGGUAGAGUGUUAACUAAAAUAUAAGCAUUUGUGCUCCAUUUUCAGACUGAAUUUGCAUAUGUUUUUCAGAGCAAACGUUGACAAACACACAAACACGGAGGGAACAUGCAAACUCCACACAAACAGACAGGCGUCUUAAGAUAGAAUCAGACUCAGGACCCUGGAGCUGUCAGGCAAGCGUAUUUAAGAAAACCCCCUGCCUGAGCUCACUCAGUUUACCUGUAAAACAUUACUCUGCAUUGCGAAUUGGUGUUAAUGGAUAUUGGAAAAGAAACAAUUGACAAAUUGUUGAUAAGCAGAGUUUAAUAUGCAACAUUCAGCCGUAAAAGUAGGCAAAUCAACUAGACAGCAAAAUAUUUUAUGCACUCAAUAAAACUACUGUACAUAAUCAAGGCACAUCAUGAUAUUAGACAAAGAAGUGUCAGCGCUAUUAAUCCAAUAAAAGUAGACAAUUGCAAACAGCAAACUUAAGUGACAAAUGGACAGGUCUAUGUCAUUUGUAUGGAAUGCUCAGCUCAGAGCUAUGCUUCAGGUCAGUGUUUAAUGAAAUGCAGUUGAUCUGCAAAACAGACAAUGUGUCAGUUGUUUUAAGUUACAGCACACCAUUCCCUGGUUGCAAAGUACCAGAAAGCCUCUCUUCUGUCUGAAGAAGAUACCCAUCUAUGUGAGAAAAGUGAAUUAAAAAAUAUUUAACUUGUAUUUAAAGUAUUUAAACUCUGUAAAUAGUUGGGAAUUGUUCUUCAUACCUCCCAGUCUGUAAUGUGAUUAAAAAUAUAUUUUUUCAAUAUACAUUUGAAAUAUAACAAA